AAUAGACAAAGUCCGCACUCUCAAUCAGAAGCCUGUCUCUCUGCAUAUUUUUCUACUCACCAUGACCUCCCUCAGAAACUAGAGAGAAAAGAAUUUGUAUGAAAAAAGUCUCCUUCUGAAGGACUGAUUUGAAUAAGUUUUUAAUAUGGGCAGACAACCUUGCUGUGAUAAAUUAGGUGUAAAGAAGGGGCCAUGGACUCCGGAAGAAGAUAUCAUCCUGGUUUCAUACAUUCAAGAACGUGGACCUGGGAAUUGGAGGGCUGUUCCUUCUAACGCUGGUUUGCUUAGGUGCAGUAAGAGUUGCAGGCUCAGAUGGAAUAAUUACCUCCGGCCGGGGAUCAAACGGGGCAACUUCACUGAACAUGAGGAGAAGAUUAUUAUCCACCUCCAAGAACUUCUUGGAAAUCGAUGGGCAGCCAUAACUUCUUAUCUUCCUGAAAGAACUGACAAUGAUGUUAAGAACUACUGGAACACACACUUGAAAAAGAAACUCAAUAAGCUCCAACAUGGUGAUGAUGCUAAUAUCCAAGAAAGGCACUCAGUUUCUAAAUCAAUCUCUAAAGGACAGUGGGAAAGGAGGCUUCAAACUGAUAUUCAUAGGGUGAAACAAGCUCUGUCUGAGGCUCUAUCCCUUGAAAACUCCAACAAUAAUUUGCCUGAUUCAGAGCCUUUCCCAAUCCAAACAUCUACAUAUGCGUCCAAUACAGAAAAUAUUGCUCGUUUACUCAAAGACUGGAUGAAAAACUCGCGGAAAUCAUCCCAAGGAGGACCAGUUAGUACUCAAAAUAACCCUUCAGUUGGAACCAGUUCUAACCUUAGUGAAGGGAAAAUGAGUGCAAAAACACCAGGGGGGCAUCAUUCCCUCUUUAGCUUGAAUUCUGAUGAGUCGGGUGAGGCUGCAGCGAAUUUCACACCUGAAAAUGGGGUUUUCAAGGAUGAAAAAAAACAAGACUUGAACAAUCAAAUGCCUCUUACUUUGCUAGAGAAAUGGCUUCUUGAUGAUGUAACUACUCAAGGAGAGGAAGAAAUAGUGGACAUGUCCUUGGGAGAAACUUCUAAUUUGUUCUGAAGAAACAAAUCUUCUUCAAAACAGCUUAGCUAUUCGACUAAUAGUUUGAUGCCAUAUAUAUGUAUUGGAGGAGAGAAAGUGUAAAUUUGGUAGUGUAUUUGGAUAUGUACCAGAUAGGAAUAAAUCCCAGUGGAACCAACUGUUUGUGCACCAUUUGUGUGUCUGCUACUGAAAAAUGAAAAUUAGGUUUUGAUUUUUAUUA